ACUUAAUCUCACUGGAUUAUCGCACAAUUUUCUAAAACUCAGAGUGGAAUUGGGAGCUUCCUCAUCUCUCCAGAGGAUCCGUCAUGGCAGAUCACCCACCCAAAGUCUGGGCCUCCCUCAUCACGAACCUCAACUACCUCCCCGGUCUGUUGACGCUGGCCCACUCCCUCCAGCAGACCAAGACCGCCUACCCCUUCGUCGCCCUCUACACCACCUCCUUCCCCGCGGAGGGGAUCGCCGCCCUGCGCGCACGCGAGAUCCCCGCGCGACUGGUCCCCACCGUCAUCCCCGCCGCGCCAUGCACCUACACGCACGACCCGCGCUUUGAAGAAGCGUGGAAGAAGCUGGUCGUCUUCUCGCUGUACGAGUACGACCGGGUGGUCCUGCUGGACAGCGACAUGCUGGUCCGCCAGAACAUGGACGAACUGAUGGAGGUGGCGCUGGACGGAGAGAGGCAGGUCUUUGCGGCGAGCCAUGCCUGCGCGUGCAACCCGGCCAAGAAACCGCAUUACCCACGAGAAUGGGCCCCAUCGAACUGCGCCUUCACCCCGCAACACCCCGACCCCGAUCGCGCACAGCACACGGGGGCGGCCGCCACGGCGGGGGUGGCGAUGCUCAACAGCGGGCUGCUGGUGGUCCAGCCGCGCGAGACGGACUUUGUGGCGGUGCAGACGGCGCUGCAGGACGGGGAGCGUGUGCGAUCGUAUGCGCUGGCGGAUCAGGAGUUUCUCUCAGUGGUCUUCCGCGGCAGGUGGCGGCCUUUACCCUACGUGUAUAACGCGUUGAAGCCGAUGCGGGGCCCGCAGGGGACGCAUGGGCCCCUGUGGCGCGAUGAGGCGGUCAAAAACGUGCAUUAUAUUUGGGCUGUCAAGCCGUGGCAGCUCUCGCAGAGGGAGCGGGAGGAGUCGCAGGAUGCGCCCACGCACUGGUGGUGGGCGGCGAAUGAGGCGCGGUGGUGUGGGGAGGAGGCGAGGGGAGUGAGGGAUGGGUGGUAG